AAUUUCCAGUGUACAAACAUCCUAAUUGAGAUUAAACAAAUAGCCCACACACAUUCCAUUUUUAACGAGGCUGUUUUCCUCCCUUCCUUCCCCUCCAGAUUCCCUCUUGCAUUUCUCCUUCCCUUUUUCUCCCAGUCUUAGCUCUCCUUUCCUCUAGCUAUCACAGUUUGCCCGAAGAAAAGCCUCCCUGUGACCACGAAUCAGCAGAAAGGAAGCAAACCCUGAUUAUGGAAAGCCAAGCCCUCAGAGGGGCGUGUCGGGGUAGACGCCCCCACCCUCUUUGAGCGCAAAAGGGCUGGACAGCGAAGUUCAAGUGCCCGAAGGAGAGGCGCGCGGCAACCAAAUUCGCUCACUUUUAUAGACGGACUGAUCCCUUCUACGCAAUCGGACCUCAGGAAAGCCGCCCCCGUCCGCUUACUGGCCGAGGAGCGCCGGCACUUUGAAAGCGCCUGGGUGCCCAGACCCAGGGAGAAGCGAGGGGUGCGAAGGCGGAGCCACUGGGCUAAGGACACCCCCGCAAGGUCCGGCCCUCGCCCGCGUUCCUACCACCUUAGGGAAUUGGCGCCGGGAGCCGGAUCACCCUCUCAAUGAAAGGCAGAUGUCCCUUUAAGGUUUGCUUCGCAGCUCAUGGACUUUAGCCUAAACAAGGACCCGCGAAGCUGGCUUUAUUUGUCCAUGUCUCAGACAGAGCCUGGGAGGCUGCCAGUGGGAUUUCAGAGCACGAAGGCGGGGGGCGAUGUGGCAAUCUGCGAGGCGAGUAGCGUGAACCGAACUUAGAGGCACUGGUGGAAAACACAGGAAAUCGCCCCGCUGCUCCCCGGGCGCCGGGGCCGACCGGCCAGCGACUGAGACCGCCGGCGGCCAGCAACGCGGCUCCUGCGCGCGGUUCCGCCGAGUCCUCGCCUCUGAUCCCGCGCGUGCCCCGGGCGCUGCGCCCACUCCAGUCAUGGACCCCCGGCGCCGCGCCAGCCCAGGGGUCGCUGUCGCCUACUGCUGGCUCCUCUCCGUUGUUCUAGGCUUCUGUGUGUCAUUCAAUGUUGAUGUGAAAAACUCAAUGACUUUCAGCGGCCCAGUGGAGGACAUGUUUGGAUAUACGGUCCAACAAUAUGAAAACGAAGAAGGAAAAUGGGUGCUUAUUGGGUCUCCUUUAGUUGGCCAACCCAAGAACAGAACUGGAGAUGUCUAUAAGUGUCCAGUUGGGCGAAGUGAACCAUUACCUUGCAUAAAGUUGGAUCUCCCAGUUAAUACAUCAAUUCCCAACGUCACGGAAGUAAAGGAGAACAUGACAUUUGGAUCAACUUUAGUCACCAACCCAAAAGGAGGGUUUCUGGCAUGUGGGCCCUUGUAUGCCUAUCGAUGUGGACAUUUGCAUUACACAACUGGAAUCUGUUCUGAUGUCAGCCCCACAUUUCAAGUCGUGAACUCCAUUGCCCCUGUACAAGAAUGUAGCACUCAGCUAGACAUAGUCAUCGUGCUGGAUGGUUCUAACAGCAUUUACCCCUGGGAAAGUGUUACAGCUUUUUUAAAUGACCUUCUUAAAAGAAUGGAUAUUGGUCCUAAACAGACACAGGUUGGAAUUGUACAGUAUGGAGAAAAUGUAACUCAUGAGUUCAACCUCAAUAAGUACUCAUCGACAGAAGAGGUGCUUCUUGCAGCGAAAGAAAUAGUCCAGAGAGGUGGCCGGCAGACCAUGACAGCCCUCGGAAUAGACACAGCAAGGAAAGAGGCUUUCACUGAAGCCCGGGGUGCCCGAAGAGGGGUUAAAAAAGUCAUGGUGAUUGUGACGGAUGGCGAGUCCCAUGACAACCACCGGCUGAAUAAGGUCAUCCAGGACUGUGAGGAUGAAAGCAUUCAGCGGUUUUCCAUAGCUAUUCUUGGCAGCUAUAACCGAGGAAAUUUGAGCACUGAAAAGUUUGUGGAGGAAAUAAAAUCAAUAGCAAGUGAACCCACUGAAAAGCAUUUCUUCAAUGUCUCUGAUGAAUUGGCACUAGUCACUAUUGUCGAAGCUCUGGGAGAAAGAAUCUUUGCCCUGGAAGCUACAGUUGACCAAUCGGCAGCAUCUUUUGAGAUGGAAAUGUCUCAGACCGGCUUCAGUGCUCAUUAUUCACAGGACUGGAUCAUGCUUGGAGCCGUAGGAGCCUAUGAUUGGAAUGGGACAGUCGUCAUGCAGAAGGCUGAUCAAAGUGUAAUUCCCCAGAACACAACCUUUAAUGUUGAGUCCACAGAGAAGAAUGAACCUCUUGCUUCUUAUUUAGGUUACACAGUAAGCUCUGCCAAUAUUCCUGGAGAUGUGCUCUACAUUGCUGGACAGCCACGGUACAAUCAUACAGGCCAGGUUGUCAUCUACAGGAUGGAGGGCAGAGACAUCAGGAUUCUCCAGACACUCAAUGGAGAACAGAUUGGUUCCUACUUUGGAAGUGUGUUAACAACAAUUGACAUUGAUAAAGAUUCUAAUACUGACAUUCUUCUAGUGGGGGCUCCCAUGUUCAUGGGAAGUGAGAAGGAAGAACAAGGAAAAGUGUAUGUCUACGCUCUGAAUCAGACAAGGUUUGAAUAUCAAAUGAGCCUGGAACCCAUUAAGCAGACUUGUUGUUCAUCUCUGAAGCACAACUCAUGCACAAAGGAAAACAAAAAUGAGCCAUGUGGGGCUCGUUUUGGAACAGCUAUUGCUGCUGUGAAAGAUCUCAACCUUGAUGGCUUUAAUGACAUCGUGAUUGGAGCGCCCUUGGAAGAUGAUCACGGAGGAGCUGUGUACAUUUAUCAUGGAAGUGGCAAGACUAUAAGGGAAGAGUAUGCACAACGUAUUCCAUCAGGGGGAGAUGGCGAGACACUGAAAUUUUUUGGCCAGUCUAUUCACGGAGAAAUGGAUUUAAAUGGUGACGGUCUGACUGAUGUCACUAUUGGGGGCCUUGGUGGUGCUGCCCUCUUCUGGUCUCGAGAUGUGGCUGUUGUUAAAGUGACCAUGAAUUUUGAACCCAAUAAAGUGAAUAUUCAAAAGAAAAACUGCCGUGUGGAGGGAAAGGAAACGGUGUGUAUAAAUGCCACGGUGUGUUUCAAUGUGAAAUUGAAGUCCAAAGAAAACGUGGUUUAUGAAGCUGAUAUGCAAUACCGUGUCACACUAGAUUCUCUAAGACAGAUAUCACGGAGUUUUUUCUCUGGAACUCAAGAGAGGAAGAUUCAAAGGAACAUCACAGUUCGAGAGUCAGAAUGCACUAAACAUUCCUUCUACAUGUUGGACAAGCAUGACUUUCGGGACUCUGUGAGAAUAACUUUGGAUUUUAAUCUUACCGAUCCUGAAAAUGGGCCUGUUCUUGAUGAUUCUCUACCAAAUGCAGUACAUGAAUAUAUUCCCUUUGCCAAAGAUUGUGGAAACAAGAAAAAAUGUGUCUCGGACCUUGCCUUGGAUGUAUCCACCACAGAAAAGGGCCUGCUUAUUGUCAAGUCCCACAAUGAUAAGUUCAAUGUUAGCCUCACGGUCAAAAAUAAAAAGGACAGUGCCUAUAACACCAGAACCAUAGUGAAUUAUUCUCCAAAUCUAAUUUUUUCAGGAAUUGAGGCUAUCCAAAAAGACAGUUGUGAAUCCAAUCAUAAUAUCACAUGUAAAGUUGGCUAUCCUUUCCUAAGAAAAGGAGAAAUGGUAACAUUCAAAAUAUUAUUUCAGUUUAACACAUCUUAUCUCAUGGAAAAUGUGAUCAUUCAUUUAAGUGCAACAAGUGACAGUGAAGAGCCGCCUGAAACCCUUUUUGAUAAUGAAGUGAACAUUUCUAUCCCUGUAAAGUAUGAAGUUGGACUACAGUUUUCCAGCUCUGCAAGUGAAUACCAUAUUUCAAUUGCGGCCAAUGAGACUGUCCCUGAAGUUAUUAAUUCUACUGAAGACCUUGGAAAUGAAAUUGAUAUCUUCUACUUGAUUAGAAAAAGUGGGCAUUUUCCAAUGCCAGAACUUAAACUGUCAAUUUCAUUUCCCAAUGUGACAUCGGAUGGUUUUCCUGUACUGUACCCAAGUGGAUGGUCAUCUUCCGAGAAUGUCAACUGCAUACCCAGUAACCUUCGGGAUCCUUUUGGUAUCAACACUGGGAAGAAAAUGAUGAUAUCCAAAUCUGAAGCUAUCAAACAAGGCACCAUUCUGGACUGCAGUGCGUGUAAAUUUGCCACCAUCACGUGUAAUCUGAUUCCGUCUGACAUGAGCCAAGUGAAUGUUUCACUUAUCUUAUGGAAACCAACUUUUAUAAAAGCACAUUUUUCCAGCUUAAAUCUUACUGUAAGGGCAGAACUUCAGAGUGAAAAUGCAUCACUAGUUUUAAGUGCUGGCAAUCAAAAAAGAGAGCUUGCUAUCCAAAUAUCCAAAGAUGGGCUACCAGGCAGAGUGCCACUAUGGGUUAUCCUGCUGAGUGCUUUUGCUGGAUUAUUGUUAUUAAUGUUGCUCAUAUUAGUGCUGUGGAAGAUUGGAUUCUUCAAAAGACCACUAAAGAAGAAAAUGGAGAAAUGAAAUAUUUGGAAGAGAAGAAAUAAUUAUUCAAUAAUCCUCAGAAAUUCUGAAACCACCACUGGAAAUGAACUCUGCAGUGCAUUACAGAAGGCUGAAGGCUGCCAUUUCUGAAUGGGAGCACUGCUGUGCAACAUCUUAAGUACAACAAUAAAAAGAGUUAAAAUCUAACAUUGUAAUCUGGUGAAAGAGUCAGUGUUUUUGAUCCUCGUAUUAAAGUUUAACCUUGAAUUUAGCAAUUCCAAGCAACAGCCUUUGACCAUCAACCUUGAGGAAAAGUAAAGGAGUGUGUGGAGGCUCUUCAGUCCCCAGCCCAUUGUCCCCACAACAUGUGGUUCCCGGGACAUCCAGUUCUUAAACCUGAGCUCCCAAACCCACUACAUCCCAGGAUCAGCCCUUCCGCAACAAAUACAAGCAUAAGCACAUGCUGAAGUUUUACCAUUCCAAAAAGAUAUAUUAAUACAAGGAUGAGUUAUCACUUCUAAUGUUGGGCUCUUUGCUUAGAGAUCAGCAUUUUCUUUCCUUUCAAAUACAUCAGAGCCUUUCUCCCAUAGCUAAUAAGUUCAGAACAUUACACAGGACUUCCUUGCAUGUUCCUCCCAUCACAGGGUAGAGAAUUUUAAUGUCAUGCCAACUGGGCAAUAGGACCCAGGGGCCAUUUGCAGGAUCUCUCUGCUUUCUGCCCUCCAGUAGGCUUCUUCUCUUCUCAUCUGUACAGUGGGGAUGUUUGGUUUUAAUCUGGGUCUUCUUGGCAAGGCCAUUUGAAGCCUGGUGCCCUUGCAAGGCCAUGAGGGUUGGAUGUUCUUUAUUGGUGAGCUGAGUCUUGGAAAUCCUUUAAUUACUGGACACACCAUGGAAAUCAUGGCAAUACUGGGCGGAUACCAGGGACACUCACAAACUACGAUUGUGUUUGAUGUUACCAUAUUUCAAAUUACAUCUUGAUGAAAAAAGUAAGUCUGGAAUUUCAGGAGCUUUUGUGCAAGAGACUGAGACUCAGCUUUUACUCUUUUAUUUCUGCUUGAUCUAUGCAAAGAGACUGGGAACCAAACUUUUUAAAGAAACAUUCCAAAUGAUAGGAUGAAAGCCAGAAUUCAACAGUCUCCUACUGACAGUCCCUGUCCCCAACUCUGUUUUUCAAGAGAUGGAAAGAGCAUUGGAUGGGGAAGAGUGAGUGGUGUAAUUGUUUCUUUCUGCUACAGAGUAGCCAAGCAGUACGGAGUCACCACACAGACACUAAUGGUGGCUUUCUGAGAUCUUGGCAUCACUGGCCCAAUGAGAGGUGACGAUCUUCCUGCCGUGUCCCUGAGACAUCUUGCAUUUUGAGAGACAUAAAAAAAACAAAAAUGUGGGGGAGGGGCUGAAGCUAUUUAUCUUUUAUGUACACACCAUUACUCCUCAAAAUACUGUAAGCAUUUUUAGUCCACAUCAUUCCUGGCCACAAUACUAACACAUGUACUUCACACAAGUAAAUUGUUGAUUAAAUAAGAGUCAAAGUAUAUUCUUGCCUGUCUGUUAACUAGGGUUAAUUUCCUGAAGUUUAACAUGCUUUGGCUCAAGUGAAAACAAUCAUUUGAAGCAGCAACAGCUCAGAUCUUCUUCAUUCUAGAACCAUUUCACACAGUACAUCCCGAUACUUAGUGUUUAAUUGAGAGACACGCUUAGUGUUUAAUUGAGAGACACGCCUGCCUUUAUUCAAGAUGUAGCAGCCACCCUCUGUUCCUUACGAGGGAACACUAGCUUGAAGGGAGAAUGGUGUAGUGUGUGUUACUAGUGUUGGGUUAUAAAAUUGUAAACAGACAGUGUAAAAAAAAAGUGUCCAUUUUAUUAAAAAGAAAAUCAUUGUAUAUAAAAACUAUUGCCCUGAAACAUGUAUCAUACUCACUCUAAUAAACUUUUCUGCAUGAUCUAACA